AUGCCUUUUCAGUCGGUGAUAAAAAAAAAAGGUUGGCGGCCACAAGCCUUAUCCUUUCUCGCGUCCUCUCAAGUUCUCUGCAAGAACUGUCUCUCUCGCCAAUAUGUCUCAGCUUCUGUCCAGACACACCGCCUCAUCGACGACCAACAAUUACGCAAAUCAACCAAAAACAUCCUAAGUUCAUGGUCACCUGUCCAGACCCUGUCACAACAAUUGAUUCCUUCUCAAUCAGUCCGUCCUCGUCUCAAACUACCCAGGCACUUCUCCAGUCUCACAAACACUGCACAGGAACCUCCUUACCACGACACUGACCUUGUUACUCAAUUUAGACUUGCGCUAUACCCCCCAUUAGAAACACAACCACAAAACAAAAACAAAAACAACAAAAACAGAAAAUCAUCAGCAAUCAAACAAAAGACAAUCAUUAGACGACAGCGAAGAAAACACCUCUUUGAGCGCUAUACUGAUCUCAAAAAACGUAGACUACUCAAUCAUCUCUCAUAUGAAGACUUUCGUACCCUCGUCGCAAUUCUCAUACCUAAUCCAGACAACCAACAAGCAAAACCAAUCGUACUGCAAACAAUAUCAGUCCUCGAAGAUCUUAAACAACUCUCGGCAGACCACUCCCACCUACAGUUCUCUCUCACUGAUGUCGAAACUCUCGUGUCUCUCUACAGAGAAACCGGCGCAACAAACGACGCAGCAUUGUUGCUCCACAAUCUCCACAGACUCGGAACAACCCCCACAGAAAGAUCUUACAGUGACAUGAUCGCAAUGCUCGCAAAAGCAGGAGAUGUCGAAAGUGCCCUGGGAUGGCUAAAGACAAUAAAAGCAUCCGGCGUCUGGCCACCCUCAAACUCAAUAAAGGGCUCAAUCGUCCAAGCCUGGCUCGAACUCGGCAAUGACACCGCAGCAAUUGACUUUUUACGGGAGCAUCCCGGAGAUGCUAUCAUUAGCACCUCAGAUACGAAACCCAACUCGAAUCCCAACCACAAUAAUAAAAUUAACAUCAACGACAUAAACGACGACGACAAAGAUGCUUUGCUGGACAUGGCCCUAGACGUCUUUUUCAACGAGUCUCUCAAACGCUGGCGACUCAAUGACUGUAGGGCAAUCUACAGACUCAAACAAAAAAGAGGCUAUUCCACAUCAUCGCUCUUGAGCAGACUCACCUACAAGACCAUACACACCUUCCAGACCCACACAUCAUUGAAUCUCUUGCAGGACACCCUGGAUCUCAAAGACACGGCUGGGUGCGGAAUAGUAGCCGGCCAGAUGAUUAAGUACUGCAUCAGCACAAAAAACCUAGCCAUGGCUGUCAACAUCUGCAAACACGCGGACCAUUCACAAAACAGUAUCUCGGUUGACCACUACACACAUCUCAUAACAAAGCUUGCCCAUGCUCGCUAUUCUGUAGACCUGAUGACCAUCUACCGUCAAUUCACCCAGAAAUACCCACAAUCUCUCUCCAUCUCUCUCUACACCACCAUCAUCCAAGGCCUCACCGCAGCCAAGCAGUAUCACAGCGCACUCCAGGUGCUUGGAGACCUGCGGCAGACUAUACCCGACCAUCAACUUGACGAAAAUUCGUUUUUGCCGCUCUACAAGCUCUGCGCACAGGCCGGAUACCUCGACCUUUUCAAACAGACCUUUGCGCUCAACAAAUCGCUCGGACGACCCCUGACUCACAAAGCGUUCACCUCUCUCAUGGCCUGCUACGUAACCGCCAAGGAUCCAGAGUCUGCCAAGGCUGUGUUUCAGGCCAUCAUGGCCGAAACCAAGGGACCUGACACGGUUGACUUCAACCUUCUCAUCCGUGCCACCGCGCUCGAGAAAACCGACGGCGACUCGCUCGAGAAGAUCUUUGAGAUCAUCCGGCACAUGAAGACAGCCGACAUCAAUCCGGACCAGACGACCUUGAGAACUCUUCUGGACAUCUACAAAACCGGAGACCUGGCUGACAUGCUUCUGCAGAAACUAAUCAAUGAUCCACACGCCACCCACUCGGACAACAUCUGGCUCAAUAACCUGUCCAUGACGCGCCUUCUCAAAAACACGCCUCCGUCAACCGUGGCCAGUAUAUUCCUGUCCAACAAACGCGACAAACUGCUCAAGUCGUCCACAAAAGGAGUCCCGAUUGCAUCGGACGGAAUGUCCUACCAGAUCCUGAUUGACGCGCUAACCAAGAGUCCGACAAAUGUCCACAUAGCCGAAUCACUCUACCAACACAUGCACUCCCGGGGCCACAAAGCCAGCCAAAGUCUACACCAUCAGAUGAUCCUGGCCUGGGCUAGAAAAGGCCGGAUGGCGAAGGCGCGCAGGAUGGUGGUGCGGAUGGAAGAGGAGAUUGGCGAGAAGGCAGGCAUCGAAGCAUUCAGUAUAAUCAUUAGCGGCUACCUUGGACACAAUCAACGGGAAAAUGCGCAAAGAAUCAUAGAUGAGGAUCUGGCCCAGCGCGGACUUGUUCCUGACCAAAGAUUGCUGAAUAUUCUUAGUGAAUAUGACAAGAAUGGCAACAUAUAUUCCUCAUCACCCACUACUGCAAUUACAACGACAACUACAACGACAACUACAACAGCUACAGCUACAGCUACAGAUACAGAUACAGCUACAGCUACAGAUACUACUACUGACAACCCAGACAACCAUGGACUGUAA